AUGGCCACCGCCACGGCGACCCCGCCGCAAUGCUGGCGAGGACUCCCUGCCUCGGCGCGGGCAUCUCCACCUCUCUCCUCUCCGCUCCGGCCGCGCCCCGUAGCCACUCCCUUCUAUCCCCUCAGGCGUCACAUCGCUACUACUACAGCCAGAGGAAGGCGAGCCGCACUGGCCUGCUCCCCCAGGUGCACGCUGGAAACGGCCGGCCCUGUCUUCGACCCUCUGGGGCUCUACGAGGAGGGGUCUGAUUCGCCGUCGCGGUCUCCCCUGUCGACCUUCUUUGGUAUACUGGCGCCGGUGUUUGGGAGCUCCAGCGGCGGUGGUGCCAGUAGGGAGAAGGCGUCCUAUGGCCGAGGAGCAGCAGCUGCAAUUGAGGAUAGCUCCAUUGACAUUGGUGACUUCUUCAAGGGCCCUCUACCUGGGAAGUUCCUGAAGCUCCUCGGUUUUUUGGCCUUGUCUCGGCUUGAUUCUUUCUCUGGUGGAGGUAUUGGCCGGCUUGGAAUUUGCUCCCUUGGCAUUGUACCAUUUAUCAAUGCACAGAUUGUGUUUCAACUCCUUGCACAACUCUACCCAAAAUUGCAAGACCUUCAGCGGAAAGAAGGGGAAGCAGGAAGAAAGAAGGUUCUUCAGUAUACAAGAUAUGCUUCUGUUGGAUUUGCAAUUGUUCAGGCCAUUGGACAAGUUCUUUAUCUCCAUCCUUAUGUGAAUGACUUCAGUACAGAAUGGGUUCUAACAUCUGUGACAUUAUUGACACUUGGAUCGGUCUUUACUACUUUCAUUGGUGAAAGAAUAUCUGAUCUGAAACUUGGAAAUGGAACAUCCCUUCUUAUAUUUACAAGUAUAAUAUCAUAUUUGCCUGCGUCAUUCGGGAGGACAGUUGCGCAGGCAUUUCAAGAUGGGAAUUAUGUUGGACUUCUCACAAUCGUAUUGUCAUUCUUUCUAUUAGUCCUUGGAAUUGUCUAUGUCCAAGAAGCUGAGCGCAAAAUACCCCUCAAUUAUGCUUCUCGUUACAGCAGUCGAACUGGGGGACUUCAGCGAUCCGCAUAUCUACCAUUUAAGGUCAACAGUUCUGGCGUCAUGCCUAUCAUAUUUUCUACAUCUUCACUGGCUUUGCCUGGUACUUUGGCACGGUUCGCUGGCUUAGACUUUCUUAAGAAGGCUGCCAUAGCCCUUAAUCCAGGAGGUGCUCUCUAUCUUCCAACUAAUGUAUUACUUAUAGCCUUCUUCAAUUAUUAUUACACGUUUCUCCAAUUGGAUCCUGAUGAUCUUAGUGAGCAAUUGAAGCGGCAAGGCGCUUCGAUACCGCUUGUGAGGCCAGGAAAAAGUACAGCUGCUUAUAUUAAAACAGUUCUUAGUCGCAUAUCUGUCCUGGGAUCUGCAUUUCUGGCUGUGCUAGCUGCUGGACCAUCUGUAGUUGAACAGAUAAGUCACUUGACAGCAUUCCGGGGAUUUGCUGGGACUUCAGUGCUUAUCCUUGUUGGAUGUGCAACAGACACAGCUCGGAAAGUUCAAGCAGAAAUAAUUUCCCAGAAAUAUAAGAAUAUUGAGUUCUAUGAUGUCAACCAUUUUGACCAAUAG